GAGGAGUUCCUAAUUUAGCUAAUUCUGUGUGGUUCAUGGUUUAUUGCUUAGAUUUAGCUGGGCAGACUUCGAUCGUUUAGUAUCAUUUUAGCGCCGUUAAAAUUUGUAUUUAUUUUGUAUGGUUAGCCUUUUCUAUAAUUAACAGACUCGCGUUUGGGCCUUAUUUAUGGCCUCAACAGGCUGUUUAAAUAAACUGUAGGCCUAUUUAAUAGUGCGGAAGGUAUCACCGUAUUUAGCUAACAUAACUCAGCGAAAGUGAAAGACGUUUUCCCCAAAAAAUACUGCAGUCAGGAAAGUCUUAGGGAGACCCCAUGAGGUGACAAGAACAGAACACAUCGCUCAGGGCAGGGUCACUCGUCUGCUAUGGUCAGACAGUGGGUUUUUUUUAUUUAUUUAUUUUUAUUUAUUAACAGCGUUCGUUCCACCUUCAAGUAUUUUACUUUUAUGAUUACAGCUCUGUCGCUCGGUUUGCUCUGUCCAUGGUACUGACCCCGUUUGGCUACAUUAUAACGUUAGCUAAUAUUUAUAAACUGUUGUGCAGGAUUUUAAAACAAAUUGAUAUCCGUUGAAAGACGGGAUAUACAUACAGUAGUUGACUAUUAUAAUCUUCGUUCGGCGAAAAAACAUGGUUAUUAGGCUGCUGACUAAUAACAUUUUUUUUCAAUUGUUGUGGAUUAAACGUGGUGGUAGAUUACUUGUUGCUAAUGCUAAUAUAGACUCAGCAAGAUAAUCCUUUUUUAUUCUGUAUCAUGGUUACAUUCUGCACUUCCCAGAUCGAUGUACCGUCUCCAUGAUGCGGAGAUAUAGGUCUGUAUCCUAGAGCGCCUUCUAAGCCUAUCUGACCAGACGUUCAGACUAGCAGCUUGUUGAUUAUCGAUUUCGAAAUAUGGUCCGCUAGACUGUUUCAAGAGAAGCGGUAAUUUUUACAACCACAUUUUACUCCACUAAAAACAUUAAUAAUCACCCGAAGACUUUCAGUGUUGGUCAGUGGAGUGAACGCAAUUACCGAGGUGACAUCACGGAUCGACGCGAGUGCAAUUUGAUUUCUGAAGGGAAAAAGCUUCCGAAACGCUUCCGCCUUGUGAAUUGGAAAAAGGAGGACGGAGGGGGGGACACACGCGUUGCUUUUCCUUGCGAAGAUGGCGGCCCCUGUUCAAGCCAGCCGGGCUGGAUCCGUGAACAGCGUUGGGAACAGCCCGACUGCAACGCCCAACAACCCGAAUAACAACAACAAAAUUAUCCCCGGCUACCCUGAACUCGAUUUCAGGUCUGGUGCAAGGAUUGAAGAGUUGAACAAGCUGAUCCAGGAAUUCAGCAGGCACGAUCAACGUGAAUAUGACGACCAGAGAGCCUUGGAGAUUCACACCGCGAAAGACUUCAUCUUUUCUAUGCUUGGAUUGGUGCAGAAGUUGGACCAGAAGCUCCCCGUAGCCAACGAGUACCUGCUGCUGUCGGGCGGGGUGCGGGAGGGUGUGGUGGACAUGGACCUGGACGAGCUGAACGUCUACGCGCGGGGGACGGACUUCGACCUGGACUUCACCCUGCUGGUGCCCGCCCUGAAGCUGCACGACCGGAACCAGCCGGUCACCCUGGACAUGCGCCACUCCGCGCUCUGCCACUCCUGGCUCAGCCUGCGGCUCUUCGACGAGGGCACCAUCAACAAGUGGAAGGACUGCUGCACCGUCGUGGACCACCUCAACGGCGCCACCAACUACUUCUUCUCGCCGACGCUGGUGGCCGACUGGUUCCACGAGUCCAUCGGCAUGGUGCUGGCGGAGGUGCAGAAGAAGCCGCAGCGGGGCAUGCCCAAGGUGGAGAAGGUGGAGAAGAACGGCACCGUCAUCUCCGUCAUCCUCGGCGUGGGCAGCAGCCGCAUGCUCUACGACAUCGUGCCCGUGGUGUCCUUCAAGGGCUGGCCGGCCGUGGCCCAGAGCUGGCUGAUGGAGAACCACUUCUGGGACGGCAAGAUCACGGAGGAGGAGGUGAUCAGCGGCUUCUACCUGCUCCCCGCCUGCUCCUGCAGCGGCCGCAAGGAGAACGAGUGGCGGCUGUCGUUCGCCCGCAGCGAGGUGCAGCUGAAGAAGUGCAUCUCCAGCAGCCUGAUGCAGGCCUACCAGGCGUGCAAGGCCCUCAUCAUCAAACUGCUGUCCCGGCCCAAGGCCAUCAGCCCCUACCACCUGCGCAGCGUCAUGCUCUGGGCCUGCGACAGGCUUCCCGCCAACUACCUGUCCCAGGACGACUUCUCCGCCCACUUCCUGCUGGGCCUCAUCGACGACCUGCAGCACUGCCUGGUCAACAAGAUGUGCCCCAACUACUUCAUCCCGCAGUGCAACAUGCUGGAGCACCUGUCGGAGGAGACGGCCAUGCUGCACGCCCGCAGGCUGUCCUCGGUGCGCCAGGACCCGGCUGAGCACCUGCGCACCGCUAUCGAGCACGCCAAGGCCGCCAACCGGCUGACGCUGGACCUGCAGCGGCACGGGAGCGCGGCCAGCCUGCCGUCGCCGCAGUCCGACCCCGGCGACCAGCAGCCCGACGACCGCCUGGCCAAGAAGCUGCAGCAGCUGGUGACGGAGAACCCGGGGAAGUCCAUCUCCGUCUUCAUCAACCCCGACGACGUCACGCGGCCCCACUUCCGCAUCGACGACAAGUUCUUCUGAGGCGCCGGCCCUCUGUCCCGCCCCUCCUUCACCCCCAAAAAAAACCUGAGGUGAAGGUCCCCCCCCCGCCCCCUGGUCCCCCGGUGAAGGUUUCCCAUGGUGAAGGUAUCCCCCGGUUGACGGUUUUUUCCCCGGUGAAGGUUUCCCCCCGGUGACAGUUCCCUCGGUGAUGGUUUCCUUGGUGACCGUUCCCUUGGCGACGGUUUCCCUCCCUGGUGAAGUUUGCUGUAGAGCUUUGUGAAGUGAGUUGUCCUGUGGUGCCAUUCCAUUUCACUCUCACCCCAGGAGACCCCCACCACUAUCCCCACCAAAUCCCUGUCCCACCGCACUCCCCCCCACCCUCCACUCCCCACGCCGCCCCAGCCACACCCUCUGGCUCAACCUCAACCUUGCCAUCCAAUGACCGAGCCGCAGUCUCUGCUCAAGCGACGGUCAUGCGGUCAGGUUGGAGGACAGGGAACUGCUGCGCAGGAUGACUGUGACGUACCUGCCAGGUGAACCGCAAGUAGGUCACUAAUGUGGGAGUGUUGGAACUGUUAACGCCACACACAACUGUAAAUACAGAAAGGGUCCUGUGCGGCUUUUUUUUUUUUUUGUGGUUUUUUUUCCCCAGUCUCGAGUCUUAUUUUACGGCGUGUUGGGAGAGAGCCUUGACACUGUACUUUAUGGCCACUCUCUGCCAUGCGGCCAAAUUGCAGUCUGCUUAAAAAACAAUUCCCUGGCGCAUAUCUUUCAAAAGUCUUGUUUUUUUCCCCCAUUACUGUACUUUUAUGUUAUGGCUUCUUAUGAAUUGGGGGGGGAAAAAAACGAAGAAAAAGAAGAAGAAAAAAGUGAGGCGAUCAGAGUUACGCAUUUCCAGAAACUCGUUCAACGUUUUUAGCAUUAUCGUUCCAACGUGGAUGUGUACGACACCAGAAUAUGCCAAAAACCUGCUGGAAUCUGGCCGAUGGACAAGUCCAUCUACAAGUGCAAUUAAUAAUAUUCUCUCCUCUCUCUCUCACACACACACACACACAGCAACAGUAACACACAUACGCACAGACAAACCCACCCGCACAUACACGCACACACAGACACACACAUACACAAGCACAAACCCACAUACACAAGCACAAACCCACACACACACAUACACACACACAAGCACAAACACAAUACACACAUAUACACCCACGAACACAUAUACAGUACACAGCUCACAGCUGGAGAGCAGAAGGAACUUGCAUUAUAUUUUAGCUGUGUCAAAAGACAUUCUUCAUGAUAUUUGACUACUGGUUCUGCUGAUCUGUGAAGUUUUUUUAUUUAUUUCCGGGACACAAAAAAUGCUUUGUCGACAAAUCUUUUAUGCAGAACUCUGGACACUUGACAUAAAUAUUUCGCCGUAGGUCUCGCUCUAUUUAUUUGCUGCUAUUUGGGAUUACAAGGUUGUACGGCAUUUAUGCAAAUGAGGACAUAGAUGAUUAAAGCAGGAGAUAUCAGUUAUUGCAUGACGACCACAGGGUAUCCGAAUUCCUGCAGUCAUAAGGGCAACCCCAGCCCCCUCUCUGAUCUAUGGACCAGUCCCAGCUGCCCCCCCCCCCCCCCCC